GAAACGUAUUGCUGACAGGAUGGGUGUUCCUAUCCAUGAAUUAAAAAAAGAAAGACAAUCUUCUUGGAACAUUCAGGACAAACUUAAAAAAGAAAAUGUCUUCUAUGAAGUCGGGAUCUGGAGUAGAGGACGUGUACCAGCCCAUCUGGAUCUUUUAUGAUGUGAUGGCAGCAUUUCUAACAGAUAUUUAUGAAUCCACCAGUCUCAUGAAUUCAGAGGAAAACAUACGACCUGAGGUAUGUGAAGAAGCCGGCGCUUCGAACGAACGGGCUAGUGACCUCUCUGAAGAAGGAAAAAACGACGUCGACGUUGACGUCCCUCCUAUCCCUCCUCAAAGCAGUCAAAAAUUUCAAGGACAAAAACGUCGUACUAUGAAUCCGUCUGAAUUACAGGAAGCAAGCAAAAAAUGA